CAAAAAAUGGUAGUGCAUAGCAAAACGAACACAAAAAGGGAAUGUACCAACACAAGCACACGCGUAGUAGAGCUUAGAAUAAGCAACAUGCACAUAAAGAUAUACGCAACAACACGCACAUGCACACGCGAAGUGCUCAAGCAUAUCGGACGUGACAUGCUUGUGCUUGCAUUUGAUGGCAGCUUUGUGGUUCUUAUGGGAACUGACAGAGUGUACGAUGUGUAUGAACGGUACAGGCAGCGGCACCGUAGUGUUUAUCUGAUCGGUGUGGAUGCCGGGCACGGAGUGACAAACGAUUUUUACAAGAUUAAUGAGAACGUGGUAUUUGAGAGUGGACAGGGGAUGGACAGUACGUUGCUAUCGAUUGUGCGUGCACAGUUGGACAAGGUGGUGAAGGGAAAGGAACUGUCAUGUGAAGGGACUGGGAUGGUGAAGCGUACGGGCGUACACGUGGUUGGUGACCGGUUAUGUGAUGUGCGGAGGGAUGAGCCGUUUAAGUGUGGAUCGGUAGAAAAGAUUGAAGGUGGAGUAAACGGGAAGAAGGUGAACGUGGAGAGUGGUAGGCAGAAAAAGGGUAGGACGAUCAUUUGUGCCGAUCAGAAGACGGCUCAGGUGCACCGUGCUACCGACCAGAAGAAGUGCACCAGCCAGCAGAAGUGCACCGACCGCAAAAAGCAAAACGAGUGCGAUUUCUACGGUCUGCUCGAUCUCACACGCAUCCACACCAAAAGAUCAUCAACAGCCAAACAACACCAAAAAGAUAGCACAGCAUUCACCGAUCUGUACAAAUACAUAAAAUCAAAACUAUCACACCACGUUUCCACGCACAGGAAGUGUGCGCCCGAUGAAUGCCACACGCUCAUCUGGAAGUGUAAGAAAUACAAAUUUGUGUUCUACGGUGCCAAACAUGAACACGAGUGCGUUGUGAGCAUGGCGAACGGCCUGGCAGCCCACAAAGGCUUUAUAGAGGUGUGCAUAUCGCUGGAUCAUAUGAUGUCGAACACGAAAGGUAGGUUUGCAUUUCUGUAUGAGCACCGCGAUGAUGCCGUGCUGUUCACAUGGGGCAUACCGGUGAAGCGCAGCCCUAUAUUCACGCAGGUUGAGCUGCACAACUUCAAAAGUGCACCGGAGUGCUAUGCACGCGAUCUCAGUGUAAACAUGAUCGUGUACAACGAGUGCAUGCAUGGGCACAGGUUGGGGGGUGUCAGGCACAUGAGUGUCACACGGCACGUAAUUUUUGUGCUGAUGAGCAUCAAACCACGGUACAUUCCGGUGAGUCAGGUCUCCAAGUACAUGACGUUCUACAAAUACGUGUGCGACACGAUUUCGAAGUACGGGGGGAUGGUGCUCACGGAGGAUAUGCUGUUUUCGUAUUUUCUGCUGCCCACGAUAUCGUGCGCAAAGCACUUUGCGAUGGACGUGUACCGCGAGUUUAAGCACUCGUUCAGUUCCAAGAUGCAGAUUGUGAUGCACACCGAUGACGAGUGUGCGCAAACGAUCGAUAGGUUUGUUACGUGUGAUGCGAAGAACUCACUGGCCAAGAUCGCUAAGUGCGAGACAGAGGGCAUUUUGUUUACCGAGGAUAUUCUGUGCAUCUGUGAGGACAAAGACUCUCUCCAGGACUGUUUUCAGAUCGGAAGGUGCAACGAGAUCAACUACUACAAACUGGCAAUGGUGUAAGUAAAUUAU